AUGACGGACUGUAUGGUGCGGGGCUGCGGCGCUUCCUCUGGAUCUUCCCUCCAUUAUUUACCCAAAGAUCCGGAGCUCAGGCAGAAGUGGGUGGAUUUUAUCUACCAGAACCGGCCGGUACCGGACAGUGUGGACCGGGUUCGGAUCUGCAGCGUCCACUUCACUGAGGGAUGCUUCACCAACUACAGACAGAAGCUGAUGGGCUUCAGUAAGAGACUCAUCCUCACACCUACAGCUGUACCUACUGUAGACCUGCUGACUGAUGCUCAUCCUGAUCCAGAUCCUAAUCCUGAGCCUAAUCCUGAGCCUGAUCCUGAUCCACAGGAGAAGACCAAAUGUGAAAAGCGUGACAAUGGGCCGUUGUGGUUGUGUCCGCUGUGCCAACAGCCUAAAAGAGAGCGUCGCAAUUUGGCGUCACACCUGACCAAGAAACACAGCGUACUUCCAUCCUGCCUCGUUAAGCUGCUGGAUUCUGCGUCUCCGAUCCUCGCGUCCAGCGAUGGUGAAGAAUCCAGCGGACAGAACAGCGAUGGCAAAGUACAAGAGAGUUCAGAAGACCCCGAAUCUUCAAAUCCACCAAUCAUCCUUAUCGCGUCCCAGAAUAAAAAUGGUUCUGGUGCUGCGGAUUCUAAAAAAAGUUCCACUCAGGAUAAAGUAAAAGGACAAAGGAAAAAGAAGAGCGGCUCUAAAGAAUCAAAAAACGAAUCCAUCAGCAGCGAUAAAUCCACCAAUAAAAGCGACGCUCAGAGUGACGCCGGCCAGAGUGACGCCGGCCAGCUUUUUAAGUGUGACGUGUGUCUGGAGGUGUUUCCCAGAAGGUCGGCCCUGAAUGCACACAAUAACUCGCCGUCGCACAUCGAGAGGACGAAAAUCGUAGAAAACGAUGGCGAACUGAUGCGCGCCCUUCUCCGCCGUUACGUCUCCUACAAACCGUACCAGUGCGACGUGUGUAACGUGGCGUACAGUCAUGCUAUCACCCUGGAAAGUCACCUGAAGUCCGUCCUGCACCAGACUCGAGCUCGGAGCGCGGCGAAGGCGGCCAAGUCUAGAACAAACGCAGGAGGCAAGAAGGUGGGAGCGAAGGCGGCGAAAUCCACCACAGAAAGAAGUACCACAGAGCCUCCGACGCCUCUGACCCCAGCCCAGGCUCUGUCUGCUUACCUCCCAGUCCUGUCGUUUACCCCCAGCUCCAUCGUACCAUCAGUUUUUGCAACACCGACCACAAGUCCUCCAGCCGGACUCUACCCGCAAAUGCUUCUUGUGAAGGGUCCUAAAACGAAAAAGCUUUCAGCAAAGACCAAGUCAGUCCUUCAUAAGGGUCCGUCACAAGAGGCGACCCUGACCCAAGGAAUCUGUCCUUCACAAAGUCAUUCAGAUGCCUCCACAGAGACCUCAGCUCCUCCAGAAGAAAACGACGACACAGGAGUCAAGGGGGAAGUAAAAGUCAAAAUAGAGAUCAAGGAGGAACCUUGUGAGGAGGAGGUAUCGCAGGUCAUAGUGGACGACUGGACAGUGGCUUCCGGUGUCAAGUUGGAGCUUAAACAAGAACACACCAGUGUGGAGUGUACAGAGGAGGUUGAGGACGCCACGGAAACUGAUCACGACGGGCACGUAAAGGGAAAAAGAUCGGAGUCUAAACAAGACGACGCCAACUUAGCACACAAGGAUCAAGGUGGACGCGUGAGGGGAGUUCGGAAGAGAGUCGCUUCAAGAAAAGCUUCUGCAAACCAGGACCUCCUAGAUCAAGAGCGUCAAUCACCAGGUCUUAAUGAAUCUACGUAUCUCGCCCAGACUGAUCUAAACGCGUCCAAAUCAAAAGCUUUCGUUCUGAACAGAGAAGACGAAGAUGACGAUCAGACCCCAACGAAUAAAAAGAGAAAGACGCUCAUAGUCAAGAUGAACCUGAAGCACAAAAGGCGAGGCAGAAGACGAACCCCGAGUUAUAAGUCCAAGUCGGCUCCGCUAGACGAUCGCUAAGGUCGACCGACGUGCUUUUAAUCUGGACUCAUUUACACUUGUUUUGGUUCUUUAUCAUCUCAGUUCCAUCACUGGCUGUUAGAGGUGGAAUCUACUAGCUUCCAAACCCAAGUCCCAGGAACCGGUCGAGGAGGUUUGGUCUCCAGACAGACAGAUGUCAGGAACCCUAACUUAGCUAGCCGAGUAGCAUUAACAUUAAGACGUGUAAGUUAGUUCAUUUCAGGUUAGCUUAUUUCAGCUGUUAGAUUUUAGUUUAAAUUAUGAGGAUCUUUUUAUUUAUUAAGAAUUAUAAAAACAAACUCCGUCACUUUUCUACAUCAUCACCUUCAGAUGCAUUUUUCCAGCAUCAUACCGACUUUUUAAUGUUUCUGGUUGAGCUUGUAGGCACUGAUGCGCCGGUGCUUUCACAUCAUCAUCACAUGAAAAUCUUCUUCCCCUUAAAGCUUCUUUCAGCCUCCAAAAAAGGUGGAAAUCAGAUCCGGACUAUAAGCGUCUCUCAGACACGAGUGAUUACUCUUCCUACAGAAUAAAAGCACAUCACAUGAACUCGUCCAGGUUACAAACGUUUUAUAAAUACGCAUUAAAAUCAGGUCUGAAAAAUCUGGACGUUUGAUGUUCGCCAGGUGAUCAGCAUAAGCAGUGAUGAUUAUUAAUAUAAUAAUAAUAUAAAAAUCAUUUUGGAUUCGGCUGUUAAGUUUUUAUUAUGAAUAAAGAUUCCAGACGGGAUCUUAUUAUAAACCUUUUAUAAUAUCAUAAAUAUUUAAACCAGUCAGUCAGUAUUAGCAGGGAAGGUCGUAAACAUUAUCAGUGGACUCAGAAAGUAUUCAGACCUUAAUUUAAUUAAUUAUUUUAUUAUUUUAUUAAAGCUUGUUUGGCAGCGAUUGCACCUACAGGUUCAUCUCUAUAAGCUUCGCACAGCUGGAUUUGGGCAGUUUAUCCCGUUCUUCAUGCCAAUGCUAGAUCUUCAGAUCUCUCCUCAGAUGUUUGAUGAGGUUUAGGUCUGGACCACUCUGCUGUCUGUGUAGGAGUUGUGCCACCGGUUAAACACGCUGGAUGUGAAUGUGUCAUGAAGAACGGGAUAAACUGCCCAAAUCCAGCUGUGCGAAGCUUAGAUGUGAAUCUAAGAAGAUCUGCAGGUGAAAAUGCUGAUGAAUAUUUAUGAAUUCUAGCAAUUAAAUUAAUGUUCCGGUGAAAUCCUGGUCUCUCCACCAGGCUCGAUAAACACAAUAGAUAAAGAAAGAAGUGUGUGUGUGUGUGUGUGUGUGUGUGUGUGUUUUGGGACGUGGCUUAUUUAAAAAAAUCACAGCCGUUUCCAGUAAUCGCAGUUUUGUUGAUAAUUUUGUACAAACUUUCUCUCUGAAGCUGAAGGUCGUGUUUGUGCUUGAACAUUGUUUAGUCUCACAGCUCGUCAGCAGCAGCAGCACUUGUUUCAGUUUGGAUGAGUGGAUUGUAUAAAUGUAGUAAAAUAUGUACAAAGUUUGAGGUAUUAAAUGAAACUGAACUUUG